UCCCUCCUCUCCGGGUCUGUGGGUCUGUCCGGCUGUCGGGUUGUCUUCGCGUACCCUGCCCCGUGGCUGGGUGGGACCCGGCAAGCCCGGCGUGGGGUGCGGACGAGGACGCGGCGGGGCAGCUGCCCCUGGCAUCCUCUGCACUGCCCUCCGCCCCUCACCCGGCGUGGGAAGUAAAGAUCAAACCGAAAUGGAGGGAGGCGCGGAGGCAGGAGCUGGCGGAGUGAUGGGAAGCGCAUGAACCGGGGCCGAGAGUUUCAGGUUUCUUGUUGUAUGGAUCACUGAUUGAAUAAUAGAUGGCUUUACCUCGUCUCACGGGAGCCUUGCGCUCCUUUUCAAAUGUCACCAAGCAAGAUAAUUAUAAUGAAGAAGUGACUGACUUACAGUUGAAGCGGUCUAAACUUCAUGAACAAAUUGUAGGUUUGGACCUGACAUGGAUGAAGAUUGUAAAAUUUUUGAAUGAAAACCUGGAGAAGAGUGAAAUGCAAAGUGUAAAUGAAGACUUAAAAGAUAUAUUGCAGGCUGCAAAACAAAUAGUUGGAACGGAUAAUGGGAAAGAAGCAGUUGAAAGUGCGGCUGCAUUUCUCUUCAAGACAUUUCACUUGAAGGACUCUGUUGGUCACAAGGAGACAAAGGCUAUCAAACAGAUGUUUGGUCCCUUUCCCUCAUCAUCUGCCACUGCAGCUUGUAAUGCUACUAAUCGAAUUACUUCUCGUUUUUGUAAAGACAGUCUUACUGCUCUCGUCCAGAUGACAACAGAUGAAUAUGGUGAUAGAGUUUUAUUUGGUAAAAAUUUAGCAUUUUCAUUUGACAUGCAUGAUUUGGACCACUUUGACGAGCUGCCAAUAAAUGGUGAAUCCCAGAAAACUAUAAGUUUGGAUUACAAGAAGUUUCUGACUGACCAUUUUCAGGAGCAUUCCACCCCGGACCUCAAGCCUGCGGAAAAAGCAAACGAUUCCUUUUUGUGGUGUGAAGUUGAGAAGUACUUAAAUGCAACUUUAAAUGAAAUGGCCGAAGCAACAAGAAUAGAAGAUCUUUGCUGUACGUUAUAUGAUAUGCUUGCUUCUGUUAAAAGUGGUGAUGAACUUCAGGAUGAGCUCUUUGAACUGCUGGGACCUGAUGGACUUGAACUUAUUGAGAAACUCCUCCAGAACAGAAUUACAAUUGUGGACAGAUUUCUUAAUUCUUCAAAUGACCACAAGUUGCAAGCUCUUCAAGACAAUUGCAAAAAAAUUUUAGGAGAAAAUGCUAAACCUAAUUACGGUUGUCAAGUCACUAUUCAGUCUGAACAAGAGAAGCAGUUAAUGAAACAGUAUCGCCGGGAAGAAAAAAGAAUUGCCAGACGAGAAAAAAAGGCUGGAGAAGAUGGAGAAAUUGCAGAAGGACUCCUGUGCUUUGAUCCUAAGGAAUUGCGGAUACACAGAGAGCAGGCACUUAUGAACGCUAAAAACGUUCCAAUUCUGAGCAGGCAGAGAGACAUGGAUGUUGAAAAAAUACGUUAUCCACAUGUUUAUGAUUCCCAGGCUGAAGCCAUGAGAACAUCUGCAUUCAUUGCUGGUGCAAAGAUGAUUUUACCAGAAGGACUCCAAAGAGAGAACAACAAGAUAUAUGAAGAAGUAAAGAUUCCUUAUAGUGAACCAAUGCCAGUUGGGUUUGAGGAAAAACCAGUUUAUAUCCAAGACUUAGAUGAGAUUGGACAGCUGGCUUUUAAAGGAAUGAGAAGACUCAAUAGAAUCCAGUCAAUUGUGUUUGAGACUGCCUACAACACCAAUGAGAACAUGCUGAUUUGUGCCCCUACUGGAGCUGGAAAGACCAACAUUGCAAUGCUUACAGUUUUGCAUGAAAUUCGCCAGCAUUUUCAACAAGGUGUUAUCAGAAAGAAUGAAUUUAAGAUUGUAUAUGUUGCUCCAAUGAAAGCGUUGGCAGCUGAAAUGACAAAUUACUUCAGCAGACGUCUGGAGCCACUGGGCAUCACUGUGAAAGAAUUGACUGGUGAUAUGCAGUUGUCAAAAAAUGAAAUUUUACGAACUCAGAUGCUUGUGACCACACCAGAAAAAUGGGAUGUAGUGACAAGAAAGAGUGUUGGGGACGUAGCUCUUUCCCAAAUUGUAAAGCUUCUUAUUCUUGAUGAAGUUCAUUUACUUCAUGAAGAUAGAGGACCAGUAUUAGAAAGCAUAGUGGCACGUACUUUACGUCAGGUUGAAUCCACACAGAGUAUGAUAAGAAUUCUUGGACUCUCUGCAACCUUACCCAACUACCUCGACGUUGCUACGUUUUUACACGUUAAUCCCUGCAUUGGACUUUUCUACUUUGAUGGCCGCUUUCGACCUGUUCCUCUUGGACAGACAUUUCUGGGGGUUAAAAGUGCAAAUAAGGUGCAACAGUUGAAUAACAUGGAUGAAGUGUGUUAUGAAAGUGUUUUGAAGCAAGUAAAGGCUGGACACCAGGUGAUGGUGUUUUGUACAUGCUUCGAAAUGCCACAGUAAGAAACGGCUAUGUCUCUGAUAGAAAGAGCCAAGAAUAAUGGCCAGAUUUCCUACUUUUUACCUACUCAAGGACCUGAAUAUGGACAUGCAGAAAAACAGGUGCAAAAGUCAAGAAAUAAACAAGUACGAGAAUUAUUUCCAGAUGGUUUUAGUAUUCAUCAUGCAGGAAUGCUUCGGCAGGACAGAAAUUUGGUUGAAAGCUUGUUUUUUAAUGGGCAUAUCAAAGUCCUAGUCUGUACAGCUACAUUAGCCUGGGGUGUCAAUCUUCCUGCUCAUGCUGUUAUUAUUAAGGGAACACAAAUAUAUGCUGCAAAAAGAGGCUCCUUUGUUGACCUUGGAAUUUUAGAUGUCAUGCAGAUAUUUGGUCGAGCUGGAAGACCACAAUUUGACAAAUUUGGAGAAGGAAUCAUCAUAACAACCCAUGAUAAACUCAGCCAUUACCUCUCUUUACUCACUCAACAAAACCCAAUUGAGAGUCAGUUUCUGGAAAGCCUUGCAGAUAACCUAAAUGCAGAGAUUGCUCUGGGAACAGUUACUAAUGUGGAAGAAGCAGUGAAGUGGAUAAGUUACACUUAUCUUUAUGUACGGAUGAGAGCAAAUCCAUUAGUGUAUGGCAUCAGUCACAAGGCUUAUCAGAUUGACCCAACAUUAGCAAAGCAUCGAGAACAGUUGGUCAUUGAAGUUGGACGGAAACUAGACAAAGCUCGGAUGAUUCGAUUUGAGGAACGAACUGGAUAUUUUUCCUCAACUGAUUUGGGUAGAACUGCCAGCCACUACUAUAUUAAAUACAACACUAUUGAGACCUUCAAUGAACUCUUUGAUGCUCACAAAACAGAAAGUGAUAUUUUUGCUAUAGUCUCCAAAGCUGAAGAAUUUGAUCAAAUCAAGGUCAGAGAAGAGGAAAUAGAGGAGUUAGAUGCCUUAUUAAACAGCUUCUGUGAACUCUCAGCUCCUGGAGGUGUAGAGAACAGUUAUGGGAAAAUAAACAUCCUACUACAAACUUAUAUCAGCCGAGGGGAGGUGGACAGUUUCUCCCUUAUAUCAGAUUCUGCAUACGUUGCCCAGAACGCAGCUAGAAUUGUCCGUGCUCUUUUUGAAAUUGCUCUGAGGAAACGUUGGCCUGCCAUGACCUAUAGGCUCCUGAAUCUUAGUAAAGUCAUCGACAAGAGGCUCUGGGGUUGGGCUAGCCCUUUGAGACAAUUUUCAGUCUUACCACCACACAUUCUGACAAGAUUAGAAGAAAAAAAACUUACUGUGGAUAAGCUGAAAGACAUGAGGAAAGAUGAAAUAGGUCACAUUCUGCAUCAUGUGAAUAUUGGGCUCAAGGUCAAACAAUGUGUUCAUCAGAUUCCUUCUGUUACAAUGGAAGCGUCCAUUCAGCCCAUCACACGGACUGUCCUCCGAGUGACGCUCAGCGUCUGUCCUGAUUUCACUUGGAAUGAUCAGGUCCAUGGGACAGUAGGAGAACCCUGGUGGAUUUGGGUAGAAGAUCCUACAAAUGAUCAUAUUUAUCACUCAGAGUAUUUCCUAGUUCUAAAAAAACAGGUCAUUAGUAAAGAAGCUCAACUGCUGGUGUUUACAAUCCCUAUUUUUGAGCCUUUGCCUUCUCAAUAUUACAUCCGAGCAGUGUCUGAUCGAUGGUUGGGAGCUGAGGCUGUAUGUAUUAUUAACUUUCAACAUCUGAUUCUACCAGAGAGACAUCCUCCCCAUACAGAAUUACUGGAUCUUCAGCCUUUACCAAUCACAGCUUUGGGAUGUGAAGCAUAUGAAGCACUAUACAAUUUUAGCCACUUUAACCCUGUGCAGACACAAAUAUUUCAUACGCUGUAUCACACAGACUGUAAUGUCCUACUUGGAGCGCCCACUGGAUCAGGAAAGACUGUUGCAGCUGAAUUAGCCAUUUUCAGAGUCUUCAACAGGUACCCUACUUCAAAGGCAGUAUAUAUUGCACCCUUAAAAGCCCUAGUACGUGAAAGAAUGGAUGAUUGGAAAGUUAGAAUAGAAGAAAAACUUGGUAAAAAAGUUAUUGAACUAACAGGGGAUGUAACUCCUGAUAUGAAAUCCAUUGCCAAGGCUGACCUUAUCGUCACCACACCAGAGAAGUGGGAUGGAGUCAGCAGAAGCUGGCAAAAUCGGAACUAUGUAAAGCAAGUCACUAUUCUCAUCAUAGAUGAGAUCCAUCUGCUCGGGGAGGAAAGAGGCCCUGUUCUAGAAGUCAUUGUAUCUCGAACGAAUUUCAUCUCAUCUCACACAGAAAAGCCUGUUAGAAUAGUUGGACUAUCUACUGCAUUGGCUAAUGCCAGAGACCUUGCUGACUGGCUCAACAUUCGUCAGAUGGGCUUGUUCAACUUCCGACCAUCAGUGCGUCCAGUUCCACUGGAAGUUCACAUUCAGGGUUUCCCAGGUCAACAUUACUGUCCUCGUAUGGCUAGUAUGAAUAAGCCUACAUUUCAGGCAAUUAGAAGCCAUUCUCCAGCCAAACCUGUUCUGAUAUUUGUCUCAUCAAGACGUCAAACCCGUCUUACUGCUUUGGAAUUGAUAGCCUUUCUGGCCUCUGAAGAAGAUCCAAAGCAGUGGUUGAAUAUGGAUGAAAGAGAGAUGGAGAAUAUCAUUGGAACAGUAAGAGAUUCCAACCUGAAGCUGACACUUGCUUUCGGAAUAGGAAUGCAUCAUGCCGGACUACAUGAGAGGGACCGAAAAACAGUAGAGGAACUAUUUGUAAAUUGUAAAGUUCAGGUUCUUAUUGCUACAAGUACAUUAGCCUGGGGUGUAAACUUUCCAGCUCAUUUAGUAAUUAUUAAAGGAACAGAAUAUUAUGAUGGAAAAACAAGACGAUAUGUGGAUUUUCCCAUUACAGAUGUACUCCAGAUGAUGGGGCGUGCUGGGAGGCCUCAGUUUGAUGACCAAGGCAAAGCUGUAAUUCUGGUUCAUGACAUAAAGAAAGACUUUUACAAAAAAUUUCUUUAUGAGCCUUUCCCUGUAGAGUCAAGCUUAUUAGGAGUGCUCUCUGACCAUCUAAAUGCAGAGAUUGCUGGUGGUACAAUAACAUCUAAGCAAGAUGCAAUGGAUUAUAUCACCUGGACUUACUUUUUCCGACGUCUUAUCAUGAACCCCAGCUACUACAAUUUGAGUGAUGUGAGCCAUGAUUCUGUGAACAAGUUUCUGUCCAAUCUGGUUGAGAAGUCCCUGGUUGAAUUGGAACAUUCCUACUGUAUUGAGGUGGGAGAGGAUAAUCGGAGCAUUGAACCACUGACAUAUGGCCGGAUUGCCUCUUAUUACUAUUUAAAGCACCAAACAGUUAAAAUGUUCAAGGAGCGUUUGAAACCUGAAUGUGGUACUGAAGAAUUGCUUUCAAUUCUGAGUGAUGCAGAAGAAUACACAGAUUUGCCAGUAAGACACAAUGAAGAUCAUAUGAAUAGCGAACUGGCAAAAUGUCUUCCGUUGGAAUCAAAUCCUCAUUCAUUUGACAGCCCUCACACCAAAGCACAUCUCCUACUGCAGGCGCAUCUCAGCCGAACCAUGCUGCCCUGCCCAGAUUAUGACACUGAUACCAAAACAGUGUUGGACCAAGCUCUCAGAGUAUGUCAGGCAAUGCUGGACGUAGCUGCACACCAGGGCUGGCUGGUGACUGUCCUGAAUAUCACCAACCUGGUGCAGAUGGUGAUCCAGGGGCGGUGGUUGAAAGACUCUUCGCUUCUUACGAUACCUCACAUAGAAAACCACCAUCUUCAUAUUUUCAGGAAAUGGAGCCCAGGUAUAAAGGGCCCACGUGCCGGGCACCCUGGCCCCAUCGAGUGCCUCCCUGAACUGAUCCACGCCUGUGGGGGGAGGGACCACGGGUUCAGCUCCAUGAUAGAAAAAGAGCUACCGGCCCCAAAAAUGAAGCAGGCGUGGAGUUUCUUAUCUCAUUUGCCUGUGAUAGAUGUUGGCUUAAGUGUUAAAGGCUGGUGGGAUGACUCAGCGGAAGGACACGAUGAGCUCUCCAUCUCAACCGUGACUUCAGACAAACGCAACGACAACAGAUGGGUCAGAUUGCAUGCUGAUCAAGAGUAUGUGCUUCAAGUCAGCUUGCAGAGAGUCAGCCUUGGGUUCCACAAGGGAAAGCAAGACAGGCAUGCAAUCACCCCUCGAUUUCCCAAAUCAAAAGAUGAAGGAUGGUUUUUGAUAUUAGGAGAAGUGGAUAAGAGAGAACUUAUUGCUUUGAAAAGAGUGGGAUACGUCCGAAAUCAUCAUGUUGUCUCCAUCUCUUUUUAUACUCCUGAAGUACCUGGAAGGUAUAUCUACACACUGUAUUUCAUGAGCGACUGCUACCUUGGCCUGGACCAGCAGUACGACAUCCACCUGCACGUCACACCGGCCAGUGUUUCCGCGCAGGCCGACGAGAUCUCUGAUGCCCUGACUGACCUCGAAGUGAAGUAACCCAACCCGAACAACCCAUCUGAAAGAAGUGGUUGAGAAGCCUGACUGUUCAGUCAUCUGGACAAAGUCGAAUUACUUGACGUUUGCCUUGGAGGAAUCAACUUCCAACCUCAAGGCACUGUGGAAAUUGGCGGCGGCUGCAGCUCUGACUCGAGCAAUGCGGAGUCAGCCGCGGGGGCCUUUUAACAAAUGUCGCCUUUUAUAACGCUGUCUUCUUGGGUCUCUUGAUGUGUAAAAUGACUACGCCCAUAGGAGAAUCUUUCAAUUUGUGUAUAUUGAGAUGAUAUCUAGGAAUUAUCAAAUCUUACAUUUCACAGUGUACUGUUUACAAGAACAUGGGCCUCUCUUUUUUUAAGGAAAACUAACUGCACAGGGGCGUGACAGUGUUAAGAUUUGUUAUAACACAUUUCUAACCCUGCAGCAUAAAAUGUAUAAGAUAAAUCUCUACAGUGACACACUGUGUUUUCUUCACAAAAUUUAUACUUUGAUCACAUAUGGAAGUAAUUUCAAGAAUUUCUUAUUGUCACAAAUGUUAAUAAUAUAUGAUGUAAAAUUACCUUACAGAGCCCAAUGAUGAUUUAAAAGAAAACAGAAUAUACUGAUCUUAGAAAAUGUAGAUACUGUAACUGGUGGAAAUAAAAUAUUUAGAG